CGUAACAUGUCCAUGGACUCCAACCCCAUGCCGAUGCCCAUGUCAGACCCCAACGCCUGGGUCACCGCCAUGAACAACCUUGGCAUGGCUCCCAUGAACGUGACGGGACAGCCCCUUCUGUCAGACAGUGUGUGUGUUCCCAAUUUCGACCAGGGCCUUGGCAUGAUGACAGGCAUCGCUCCCAUGAUGCCCGGCCUCGGCAUGGUGCCCCCACCCCCCCUCCCCCCUGAUCUGCCCAUCAUCAAGGAAAUCAUUCACUGCAAGAGCUGCACACUCUUCCCCCCCAACCCCAACCUUCCCUUUCCGGCCAUCAGGGAUCGCCCUCCCGGCUGUAAGACUGUGUUUGUGGGUGGUCUGCCAGAGAACGCCACUGAGGCACUCAUCGUGGAGGUGUUCGGCCAGUUGGGUGAGAUCAUCGCCAUCCGCAAGAGCAAGAAGAACUUCUGCCAUAUCCGAUUUGUCGAAGAGUUCACUGUGGACAGAGCCCUCUUCCUGUCUGGCUACCGUAUGCGUCUGGGCUCCAGUACAGACAAGAAGGACACAGGGCGGCUCCAUGUGGACUUUGCCCAGGCCAGAGACGACUUGUAUGAGUGGGGGUGUCGUCAGCGCCUGUAUGCCAGAGAGGAGAGACACCGCAGGAGGAUGGAGGAGGACCGUUUCAGACCCCCCUCCCCUCCACCCAUCGUCCAUUACUCAGACCACGAGUGUAGCCAGCUGGGCGACAAGAUCAAAGAUGAGGCAGCGUUUGCGGAGGCGGUGCACGUGCUGCUGACCUGGGUGGAACGCGGUGAGGUGAACCGUCGUAACGCCAACAACUUCUACUCAAUGAUCCAGUCGUCCAACAGCCACAUCCGCCAGCUGAUGAGUCAGAAGGCCGCCCACGAGAAGGAGUUGGAGGUGGCCAAGGACAAGUUCAAGACCGCCCUGUCUGGCAUCCUGGCACAAUUUGAGCAGAUUGUGUCUGUAUUCCACGCUGCUUCCAAACAAAAGGCAUGGGACCAUUUCUCGAAAGCUCAACGCAAGAACCUGGACAUGUGGCGCAAGCAAGCAGAGGAGAUCAGAAACAUGCAAAAUGAAGAGCUGAUGGGGAUCAGACGAGAGGAGGAGAUGGAGAUGUCUGACGAUGACAUGGAGGAUACACACGAUCCUGACGACUCAGGCCCUGUGGCCCAGGUGGAGGCCCUAAAGGAAGAGAAUGACUCUCUGUGCUGUCAGCUGGACGCCUACAGGAACGAGGUGGAGCUGUUGAAGCAGGAGCAGGGCAAAAACCAAGAACACACACCUCCACAACACAGUGAAGAGGACACCAUCAGGCAGCAACAACUAACCUUUCUACAACAGGCACUACAGGGAAUGCAGAAGCAACUGCUGAAGAUGCGUGAAGAAAUGAAACAGAGGGAGGCAGAGUUGGAGAAGAGUGUGGCGGACAAACAGCAGCUGGAGAGCCAAGUACAGAGCCUCAAGGAAGGACUGGAGAGUCUGAAGAAAACACGCACACCACAGCUGGAGACCUCACCGCGAGAUGACAGAGGGGGCGAGGAGAGUGCUGAUCAAGAGGCGACAGCAUUAGAAGUGGUUUCCUGCAGUCAGGAGAAGGAGAGUCUGCCCCCAGAGAAGAUUCCCUCCAGUCCUGUUUACUCUGAGAGAGAGGCCUUGCUAGUUGGGAUCAUCUCUACGUUCCUCCAUGUCCACCCGUUUGGAGCCAGCAUCGAAUACAUCUUCUCUUACCUACAGCAGCUGGACACCAAGAUUAACACCGGACAGGUGGGGGCUCUACUGGGUCGGCUGCCCUGUACCUUCAGACAGGAGCUGACAAGGGUGGGCGCCAGCCUGGAGAAACGCUGGAAGUUCUGUGGUUUCGAGGGAAUCAAGACCAAAUAG